GAGGGAGGUGGCCUCAUCACAGGAGAGCACGGGGCGGCGGUGGCGCAGGAAGAGCCUGUAUGCGUUGUCUGAUCCGGGCCGGACACGUCCCUCCCCCGAGCAGUAGGGUCCCCGCAAGGUGGACCCACCACAGCCCCCAGGAUGCCCAGCAGGACCAGCCGCUACGCCCGAUACAGCCCACGACAUCGGCGCCGGCGGAUGCUGGCCGAUCGCAGCGUGCGUUUCCCUAACGACGUCCUGUUCUUAGACCACAUCCGCCAGGGUGACCUGGAGCAGGUAGGGCGCUUUAUCCGGGCUCGGAAAGUCACCCUGGACACCAUCCACCCCUCAGGCCUGGCCGCCCUGCACGAAGCCGUGCUCUCUGGAAACCUGGAGUGCGUGAAGCUGCUGGUCAAGUACGGAGCUGACAUUCACCAGCGAGACGAGACUGGGUGGACGCCCCUGCACAUCGCCUGCAGCGACGGGUACCCUGACAUAGCCAGGUACCUCAUCUCCCUGGGGGCAGACAGAGACGCAGCCAACGACGAUGGAGACCUGCCUUCAGACCUCAUCGACCCAGACUUCAAGGACCUGGUGGAGCUCUUCCAAGGGACUCGGAUGGACUGAGCCCAGCCCUGACCUCCCAGGGCUCUGGCCCUCCAGAGAGAAGUUGGGUGCCCACCUCCCCCACGUACGAGGACUUGCCCCACCGGUAGGGGCGGCAGCUGGCCAGGAGCCCGUACCUGGGCACAACCCCCACCCCCCACGCUUCUGGCCUGGCUUUUUCUCCAGGUGAAUUUUUUUUUUAUCGUGACACUUUUUACUUUUUCAAUAAACGUCAUUCCCCAGCC